UCUUUCGGGGGGGCGGGGGGGUCGGGCUAAAGAUUCGCCCGCAUGCCCUGCGCAGCCAGUAACGAGGCGUACGUAACCCUAACUUCAGCUGAAGAUACAGGUCCCCUGCGGUUAAUGGGGUGAUCCAAGCUGCGGCGAAGUAUUUGUUUUCCUGGGUCCGGUUAUCGUUGCAUUUUUCUGAUGCAUUACACGCUGUCAAGACAUCUUAAAGCGCUUCACGGGAUAGUACUGUAAAGCGGAUUGACUGUGUCUUUUACGGGCGAAGCGUGGCAUCCAAUUGGCACGCAAGAAUUAUUACAUUUCUUUUGUUCUUAUUCUAAAAGCAAAACAGCGGUUUGAGGAUAGAGAUCGCAGGGUGAGAGGAGCCGGUUGUGUCAGAUGUUCAGGACAAUUCGAUGGUGCAGGCGGCUCCCUGGAGCUGGUGCCCAGGACGUUAGAAACUGGCUUCUCUGGGACCUGGUAAACCACAGGCUUCAGCCUGUGCAGAGAUGGAGCGAUGCAUCAGACGCCUCGCUCAGCAAACCCGUGCAGAACCAGGGCAGUGAUCAGACGAGGAGGACUUCUUUACGAAACAACUGCUUUCCGUACUCUUCUCUAGCCUCUUGGUCUCUGAUUAGCCAACUGUUGCUCGGCGGCAAAGUGGGAAGCAAGCCCGGUCCUUUCAUCUUUCCGGGAGGCGUCAACGACCAGCCGGACUUGGAUUCGGAAGCGGGAGUGGAGGUUCUGGACGCCAAUGACUUGGAGGCAGUGAUCGAAUAUGAGGAGAAAGAUCUGGCGGAUUUGGAGAAGAGACGAGCAUUGCGCCAUGUGGAGGGCUUCACGCCUCCUGAGAGCGUGACCCUCCUGCAGACCGCUGACGGGAGCCGUGUUUAUGUGGUCGGGGUGGCACAUUUCAGUGAACAGAGUCAACAAGAUGUGCUACAGAUGGUGAGGGCCAUGCAGCCUGAUGUGGUGAUGGUGGAGCUGUGCAGUGGAAGAGAAGAUGUGAUGCUGUUGCCUGAGGACAUGGCGCUGAAGGAGGCCCAGUCCCUGAGUCUGUCCAAAAUUGGCCGCACGAUAAGACGCAAUGGUUUGGGUCUCGGCCUGGUUCAGUCAACAAUAAUCCUGAUCCAGGCCAAAGUCACCAAGAAGCUAAACAUGGCUCCAGGUGGGGAGAUGAGAGUGGCGUUCUCCGCGGCCGAGCAGGUUCCGGGCUGUAGGGUUCUGUUGGGAGACCGUUCCAUCGAGGUGACUUUGAGGCGAGUGCUGGGAGCCGUGGAUUUCACCACGCUGUACAAAGUGGUUACGUACGACUCGCCAAAGCGACAGACCGCCACCAACAUUUCCAAAGCCAGGGUUGAGGAAAUGAAGAAGAAGGAAGCGGUGGAAGAAAUCCUGGCGGAGAGUCACAAGCAGUCGCCCAGCCUGACCAGGGUCCUGAUCUCCGAGAGAGACCAGUUCCUGGUGCACGCCGCUCGGCGGGCAGCCAAGCCCAUCCCACUGAAGGACGGGACGAGAUUUCCGGCUAUUGUAGUGGUCGUGGUUGGCGCUGGGCACGUGCCUGGGAUGAUUGAAAACUGGGACAAAACAAUUGACAUUCAGGAGAUCACCAGAAUCCCUCCCCCUGGGUCUGCGCUGCGAUCGAUGCAACUUGUCUUCAAUGCAGCCAUAACUAUUCUGUUCUCCUAUAUUUUCUAUCGAGUGUACAAGCGAGUAAGGCCGCAGGGUAACCCGUGAAAGUUGUUGCAGUAAAAUUAAAGGUGGAAGUACACUUUA